AUGGACGCUGGAAACAAGUCCCACACUAAGCUAGGAAAAUCCAGCAAUACCUAUUCAAGCAGCCACAAUCAGCGUUCCAGCUCACGCAUCCAAGAAGGCCAAAGGUCAAAAAAUGCACUCAACUCAUCUGCUGUAUACGGCACCAGCAGUCGCCAAAAUAUCCGUGCCUCCCACGCUGUACUGGAUAAAAGAGGUGCUGCCUCCAGUCGUGACGGACCCAUCGUAACUAUCAAGGACGAUGAUGGAAACGAUGUAACGCCUUUAAGUCUUAUGGGGAAAAAACCACAUCAUAAAGAUGUGGGCGGUGUAUCUACUAACGAUAUGUCCAUAUCAAAUAUGAUCAAGGAAACCGUGUCGGAUGUGCUGAACCAUUUAGAGCAACUCACUACUUCAUCGUGGAAUUCAUCCGCUAUUGGAAAAUCCGGUGCAAGUUUCGUCUACACAAGCCAUAUGGCUUCUGGAUCAGAGUCUAUUCAAGAAGAUCGAGACGAUGAAUCAUCAUCAGCAACAAGUGCUGAUUCUGGCGAGGAAAGUCAUUUACAAACAGGAGCUGGUUUUGGAGUCAAGUCUAGCUCUAACAUGCUUACGGGCCUGUCAAUGCAGCCUCGCCUACAAGCCGAAAUCAACCCAAAUAAACUCGUUCAUGUCAAUCUUACGGAGACUGAUACCAUCAUGCUAUUAGACGUUCCUUCCAUAUGCGUGUUUAGCGAAUCAACUGAUGAAGUGACUGCCAUCAAGGCUUCAAAUGCAAAAUACAAAGAGUUGCUUGUAUCUAGAGUCAACAAUGACAAUUUUGUUGAGCGAGGUAUGCAAACGUUCAACAACGCCCAUAAAUCAAAAGAUAUUCAGGCCACAGCACAAAGGCAAAUCAAUGCCGAAGUGAUGGUCAAUCAAUGGGAGAUUUAUGAUGCAUAUAACGAAGAAUCCAAUCAUAUGGUCUCAACUGGCGGAGAUGGAAACAAGGACACGGAAACUGAAAAACUUGUGGUAGAUUAUUUCAUGGAGCAGCCCGUACCUUUAAAAAAUUCUCAUGCAUUAAUUGGCGCCAGCAUUACAUCUUUUGGUUCACAAAGCAUCAGAAAAUCAGAAUCUACGUUUGCUUCAUUGUCACAUUCUGCUGUGGGCAUGAAUGCAUCCAACGCAAAUAAUCAAGUCCAGCUUGAGUUGGCUCAAGCAAAACAGAUUGCUGAAAAAGAGAUUGCACUCAACCUGAAAUCAGAUCGGCUUGCAUAUAAUCUUGCAUUGAUGGAGCAAGCCGUAGUUGGCAACAAUUAUGAAAAGAAGCUUUUACAAUACCGUAACGUUCCUGAUGCGGAAAUGAUUGAGCAAAAACGUGUUCAAGAAAUUAUGAGAUCACUCGAGCAAACCAACGAAGAACACAAUCUAGACAACUAUGAUCGCGAAGGAAAAGAGGGGCAUGAAACGGCCGAUGCUGAUUCUACAAACAGUCAAAUCCCAACACUGCAGCUUCUUUGGUCCUAUCGAUGUGAGCUAACGCGAGGCCGUAGCGUCAUGUAUAUGGCUUGGAAUCGACAAAACGAAGAUAUAAUUGCUGUUGCGUAUGGAGAAGCCAAAAUUUCAUCGGAUGCAAUGCCUGAACGAAUUUACUCGUCCUCAUCUGCUGUCACUUCUAUUGAUUUUUCACGCAUGAACCCAAGUCUAUUGGCUGCCGGGUUUUUUGAUGGUCGUGUUGCUAUAUAUGAUGUUCGGCGCAAAGACAAUUGCCCAGUUUUGGACGACAGCGAUAUGAAUGGAAAACAUCACGAUCCUGUGUGGGAGCUCAAAUGGGUUGAACGCGAACGAGUAAUUGGAGACGAACACUCGCGAGGUGAAGCCCUUGUGUCAGUAUCCACCGAUGGCCGAGUUACUCAGUGGAUCAUUCGCAAAGGGUUAGAAUUCACUGACUUGAUGACAUUAAAACGCCUUUCAAAAGAAAAGUCUGCUCCAGCUGCAACUGGAGCAACCACAUUGACUGGAAACGAAAAAUCCAACUCAUUUAUUGCUCGCCAGACUGGUGGAUUAUGCUUUGAUUUUAACCCCAAAGACAAUACUUGGUGGGAACUGAGGAUGGGUCAUAACGGGCCGGUGGUAAAAGUUAAAUGGUCUCCGUUUCUUUCUGGGGCAUUCCUUUCCUGUUCAUUUGAUUGGACAGUGAGAUUGUGGAGCCAAGACUCUGACAAAGAAGUGUUUAAAUUUCAAAGCGGAAAAGACUCGGUGACCGACAUUGCUUGGUCUCCUCACUCAUCGACGUGUUUUGGUUCCGUAUCGUCGGAUGGCAGGUUGGAAAUAUGGGAUCUUGAAUUUUCAGUACUGGAUCCGAUUAUCAACCACUACGUGCUGGAUCGGCAACUUACAUCAGUGGUAUUUGCAUCGCAGUCACCUACCAUUCUUACAGGUGAUGAUUAUGGUACCGUUACAGUAUACAAGAUAUGUAGGAAUGGCAAUGGAGGAACUGGUGACGAGAUUGCAUCAACCACGGGCAUCAUGGACUUGCGUGCCGGACUCAACCCAUACGACGAAACAGUGGUGGCUUGGAAGUCUCAGGAGUCAAAUACAUUGCUGAAAAUCAUGGCAGAAAAGAAUAGUGCUGGGAUUGCAGCUAGUGGUGGUCCUUUGGUUUUGCCUUCUUCAGUCUAG